AUGCUACCUGGAUACGGAGCUGUGACACAAGCCCUUUUGGGCACGCUCCUGACGUGGGGUUUGACUGCCGCUGGAGCCGGCUGUGUCUUCUUUAUUCGAGGAAAACAUAGGAAAGUACUGGAUGUCUCACUGGGUUUCGCAGCAGGUGUUAUGACGGCAGCAUCUUAUUGGUCGCUUUUAGAACCAGCUAUUGAAAUGUGUAAAGAAUCUGGAAUGUAUGGCGAUGAAGGACAGUUCGCAUUCGUACCUGUUGCUGUGGGAUUUCUAUUUGGAGCUAUAUUUGUUUUUGGUACCGACCGGUUCCUGGAUUAUCUAGGAAUAAGUUCAACAAAUAUGAUGAUAAGUAUAACAAAGAGCAAAGAUUCCAAAGAAAAGCUCGAAGACUUGGAAAUGAUGACGGCACUGAACCGUCGGUCAUCGAAUCCCACAGUUGUUACGAUGGAGGCAACUCAGCCAGUCGAGUUCGCAGAUUGCAUCUCAAACCAGCACACAGCUCAAAGAAGAAGGCACCAUCACUCACAACAUUCACUUAAAAAUGGUGAAGUUGGUGAAGGUGAUAGAAGAGACAGUGUUAUGCGGUCACUAGAAGCACGUCAGUCUCAGUGGAAGAGGAUAAUGCUUCUGGUAGUGGCCAUCACAGUCCAUAAUAUACCAGAAGGUUUGGCUGUGGGUGUGGCUUUUGGAGCCGCUGCAUCAUCCAGUAAAGCCUCAUUUCAUAGUGCCAGGUUAGUGUUAGUUAUAUACCAACAGGAUGUACCCAUAUCUUUAUUUAUAUUAUAA